ACGGACGCCUUCGAUAUAGCGUCACCCAGCUAGGGUCGUAGCUGCGAUCAAUCAUGGCUGAUUUUGAAAUGUUGAAGCAGGCAGAAGAUGAACAACCCGUUGUAACAAAAGGACGAUCGAACCGAUUUCGGUUGUUUGUUGGCCUGGGAAUAUUGGGUGCAGUUGUGAUCUUCUUCCUCGGGUUUGUUAUCGGUUAUUUUGCUAUGAAAGCCCGAGCGAGUGAUUCUCCUGUAGUGGUCCCCACAUGCAUUAGCCCUGUUAAAGUCUCACCUACGAAAAAGGUGGAGGAACUUCAUAAAUGGAUGGUCAAUUCACUCACAGCAGAAAGUGUCGAAGAGUUUUCCCGCAAUUUUACAAAGCGCCCGCAUGUUGGUGGUGGAGAACAAAACAGAAAGCUUGGCCAAUACAUGCGUGACAAGUGGGUCAGCUAUAAAUUUGAUCACGUGGAAAUGGUGCGAUAUGACGUCCUUCUAUCCAGGCCACCAAGAGAUAAACCCAACGUCGUUCAAAUCCUUAAUGUGACCGACAGAAGUGCUCUGUGGACCGUAACAGGCCCUGAAAAGAUUGCAGAACCAAGUGAAAACGACUCUCUUGUCCUGCCACCCUUCCUGGGCUACUCUCCACCAGGAAUCGUAGAGGCCGACCUGAUGUACGCAAACUACGGUACUGUGGACGAUUUCAAAGAAUUAAAGAAGAAAAACUUGAAUUGCACUGGAAAGAUUGUGAUCAUGCGAUAUGGAAAAAUAUUUCGAGGAAAUAAGGUCCAAAACGCCCAAAACUGUGGAGCUGCUGGUGCACUGCUAUAUUCUGAUCCAGCGGACUACUCUCCACAAGGUAUGAACGAAACCUUCCCUAAGACAUGGUGGCUUCCAGGAACUGGCACCCAGAGAGGAACCAUUGGCCUAGCAGAUGGUGAUCCUUUGACCCCUCUCCUGCCAUCAAUUGACGGCGUUUACAGACUAGCCAUCAAUGACAGCGACGCCAUACCGAAAAUUCCUGCACAAGUGUUAACGUAUGAUAAUGCUGUGGAAUUUUUGAAGCGUCUUGCCGGUGACCCAGUACCCUCAAGCUGGGCGGGUGGCCUAGGCAUCGUCUAUAAGUUUGGCCCAGGCUUCACGGAUGCAAAGCUUAAGGUGAGAAUGGAGGUCAACAAUCAGUUCUUUACGUUACCUGCAUAUAACGUGAUUGGUACGAUCCUCGGUAAAGAAGAACCCGAUCGUUUGGUGCUCAUGGGGAAUCACCGAGACGCUUGGGUGUUUGGCGGAGUGGAUCCUUCAAGUGGGUCAGCGGUCAUGAUGGAGGUGUCGCGUGGCCUAGGAAAACUACUGACCGAAACUGAUUGGCGGCCCAGGAGAACGAUCAAGCUUUGCAGUUGGGGCGCUGAGGAAUAUGGUCUCGUCGGUUCCUAUGAAUGGGUGGAAGAAAACAGGAACAUGCUAAGAGACAAAGCAGUCAUGUAUUUGAAUGUUGACUCUGCGGUGAAAGGAAACUACAGCUUUGGAGCAAAUGGGAAUCCUUCCUUAAAGUCGCUUGUGUAUAGAGAAACUGCAUCGGUGAAGGAUCCCAAUGAGCGGGAAGAGGACGCAAGUGUAUAUGAUCGCUGGUCAAAGAAAUACCCUUCCUCAACACCUGGAAAACCUAAUUUCGGAGGUCUGGGUUCUGGAUCUGAUUAUGCACCUUUCAGUCAUUUCAUUGGAGUACCAAGUAUUGACAUGAGUUACAGAUUUAAGAGCAUGGACAGGACCCUUUAUCCUGUUUAUCACACAGUUCAUGACACAUUCUACUGGCAAAAGACCUUCAACGAUCCACAUUUCACCACCCACUUGGCGAUGUCUCAAAUAGGUGCAAGAAUUCUGCUCACUGCUGCUGACUCUCCCUUAUUUCCAUACAAUCUCAGGGACUACAAAAUAGCUCUGAACCGUAACCUUGAUGCUUUGGAAAAAGACUACAAGUCUGAUCUCUUGAAGGGAAAUAUAACUCUUGAUCACCUGACUCGUGAGGUAGAAGAGUUUUCAAAAACCGCGGACACCUUCGAGCAGAGAAAGGCUAGCGCUGGCGAUAUCAAGGACUUCGCCCAACUGCGUAUUCUCAAUGAUCAGAUGAUGAACAUGGAGCGCGCGUUCAUUUGGCCAUUUGGACUUCCGGGAAGGACAAGAGUUCGCCAUGUGCUGUUUGCGCCUCAGAUGCAUAACAUCUACGGUAGCUCCAGCUUCCCAGGAAUCACCGACGCCUUGUUCGACAUCGACAAGACCAACAACUGGCAAGUUGUCAAAGAUCAAGUGUCGAUCGCUAUAACGUGUGUACGUGAAGCACGCAAGAUUUUGGCUGCGUAGACAACUGGUGUAUGUCUUCACAGCUUUAGGGAGAUUAGGCCUGAUUUGUACUUUGAAGUAUUAAACUUAGGUUGAGUUAAAACCACGUUCUGAAAAAUGACGAGCUGUGACUAAAAUUGAAAAAGCUGUGAUCAUUACACAGCUUUUUCCCUUUUCACUCCAAAAGAAUGUGCUCAUGAUUUUCUCAUUGCUUGUCACCCAAUGAUAUAGUAUAUAAUAGGUCAUAGUUUAUUGAGCAUGCAUGUUAGAAGUGGUUGAGUGAUUAGACCGUAUUCAAUUUUUUUUUUAUUUUUUGUGUGGAGACUGUGUUCCUUUAUUUCACUCUUUUGCGGGACGAUUGAAUAGCACCACCUGAUUUCCCAGCAGACAUUGAAUGUGGACAUUGAGAAGCGGCCUUAUUCAACAAUUCAUAAAACUGGUGAAAACUGUUAGUUUUUCUUGCAUAAGGAAGGCAUAUAAUUUGAGAGGUGUGCGACUUAUUUUCAAAGUGAAAACCGACCGUUCGAAGGCGAUCGGCGAAGACACUGAAAUUCUUCCAUUUGACUCUGAUUAAAAAUGUUUACAAAACUC